AUGACAACUCUACCUUGCCCUCUCCCGCAGGUGGAGGAGGCCCUGCGCCCCUACAUCCAUGCGCGCCAGGAGACUUUACGCAUCCGGAAGAAGCUGGCCCAGCACCUGCAGUCGCAGAUCUACAGGACGGUGCGGCAGCAAGGCGCCGAAUCCACGUCGCCCAUCACGCCGCUAACCCUGGCUUGCGCUCCACCCUCGCUGCUGCCCGAACAUGAUCAAACAUCCUCGGCUUCCGCCCUUCCUCCUCCACCUCCGCCCGAGCUGACUGGACUGCGGAAGCAGUACUGGGAAGCCGUGCAGGCGCACGCCCUCGCCAAACGGCGCCGGGACGCGCUGCAUAGCGAGCUCAACGAGCUGCAACGGGAAGCGCACGCCGCCCGAGCUGCCGCGGCUCAAGCCGGAUCGGCUACGGACAUGGCGCCCAACCCAUUCUCACCGGUAGUCGGGAGCAGCAGCGCCGGCGGCGGCAGCGGAAAUUCCGGCAGCUCUCACCAUGAUGUCGAAAACUACGUCGCUCUGCUGCGCCAGCGCCGGCGGCAUGCCAGGCUACAGAUCCUACUGGACGCCCUGGACCGGAUCGCGGACGCGCAGCCCGACGAUGACCCCUUGCGGAGGGACGAUCUUCGCCAGUGGGUCAAAGACAAGCUGGGCGAUGCACCUGUCCCGCCGCCGGAGAUAGCGGGUGGCGGAAAUACUGCUGCUGGCGACGCUUCCGCUUCCGCAGCCGCCGCCGCCGAUCAAACGAAGGAGCAUGUGCUGUGCUUGAAGAAGGAGCUGCUACUCGCCAAGCAGAGCCUCGACGCCGAGACGCUGCGCAGAGCCGUGGCGGCGGGGACUACCGCCUCGAGUCAGGGAAUCGAGGCGCAGGUACGAGCAUUGCGCGCCGCACGCGACGAGCUCAUCACCUGGAUCGAGGACGAGCUGGCCAAGAUGCCUGAGGGCGACGAGAGCAUGCUUAGCGGCGCCGCGACGCCGCAGAGGCAAGAAAAACGGGACGAGAAAGAUGCCGCCGCCGACGAUGACGAUGUCGAGGCCAUCCAGGAACAAGUCGACGUGCUGUACGACCGCUAUGUGGCCGCCCGCACUUCGCUCAUCGCGGCUGUGGACGCCGCGGCCACCGCUGCCAAGGAGCUCAGUGUUCCAUCUACGCUUCCUGCUGGACCCACUCAGCAAGGUGAUGAUGGUGAAGCCGCGGGACAGAAGCAGCUUCGCCUCCCGCCGUCGGCAACCCUGCCCUUCAUCCCCGCGCUCCUCCGCUCCGCCAAUGACGAGCGCAUCCUCGCGCAGCAGACGGCAACGUACCUGCGUCAUCAGAUCGCGGCCGCGCAGGAAGACGCACGCAAUACGGCACAGCGCCUCGCGAGCGAGAGCCAUUUGGUCGGGCCUGACGCGGAGAGCGGCGGAGCGUGGGCGCGUGCGGCAAGGGAGGCUACGAAGGAGACGGAUGAGGCGGUCUUGGAGCGGGUGAGGGCGGGUGAGGCGAACGUGGAAGGGGCGAAGGCGAUUGUGGCGGAGCUGGACAGGAGAAAGGAAGAGUUUCGGGCGCUGAAGGGAGAGGCGUGA